AUGCGUUUUCUCUGCUUGCAUGGGUUUGGUACCAAUAACCAGAUCUUCAAGAUGCAAACAACGGCCUUGCGUUAUGAGUUGACCAACCACGAUGAGCACUCCUUUGAAUUUGUCCAGGGUGUAUUUCCCGUAUCGAAACCGGCAGAAUUGGGAUCCCUCUCGGAUUUCGAAGAGGGCCAUUUCGGAUAUUAUGAUCCAGAAUCACCGUCGAGCGCGCUUGCGGCACUGGACCAGCUUGACGCGUUCAUUAGAUCACACGGACCUUUCGAUGGUGUGAUUGGCUUCUCGCAUGGUGCGCAAUUGGCUGCAUCGUAUAUCGUCCACAAGAAGCUCGAAGGUUUAGCAAGCGUAUCGCCUUUCAAAUGUGCCAUCUUGUUUUCGCCACUGGGGGUCUAUGACUCAAAGGAAUGGCUCGCCAGCGGCCUGGUUCAGAAGCUGGAUAUCAAGGACAACGGUUGUGCGAUUGACAUUCCCACUCUCCUUGUAUGGGGAAUCACAGAUCCAUGGAAAGAAGAAGCGCAUGGUGUCAGCCUGUUGUGCAACCCACAGACAACGUACACCUUCGUGCAUUCCGGGGGUCACGAAAUCCCGGGUAUAGGAUUAAACGAAGCACUUGGACCCGUCACUAAGCUUGCAAAGCGAUGCAUCAUUAGUGCUUGCACAGAGGCUGUGUAGUUGUAUGACAUCAAGACUC